UUUUCAUAUAGAUGUACGGACUCAAGAAAUCCGAUUGAAAAAGAAUGUGAUUAAUAUGUGAAAAAGCUAAAUUUAAAUUAAAAUUAAAGAAGAAACAGUUAAAAGAAUCCCCAAAGAAUGAAAGUUAAUAGAAUUUAGUGUUGUAAACGUAUUUAUUGUCACUGAAAACAUCAAAAGUUUGAAAUCGGAACGAAUAGUGAAAACUCUCUCAAGAUUUUUUUUUAAAUGGAGAUGUUGAAAAAAGCUCUAUUACAUUUGUAGAUAAUAAUUUAUUAAAAACUGUAUAUAGAUUCUUAGAAUAAGUAAGAAAUUGUGCUGAAAGUCAUUUUCAAGUGAGCAAAUAUUGUUUGGAAUUUAAAAAUAAGUAAAAAAUGCGUUUUUUCGCGAGACGCGAUUGAAGCAAAAUCAAAUUAUAAUUACAAAUUUUCUACUUUCUACGUAACAAAAUCAGUGAAAUUAAUGUGAUUCAACAAUAUUGGCGGGUGUUUUUGAAGAGUCAAAAGCUUGAAUCGUUCAAGGAAGGAAAAAAGUGAAGAAAAAAAUAGAAGCAAAAAAAUAAUAAAAUAUAAAAGUAAAGAAGAAAAAUGUGUGUGAGAAGAAUAAUGAAACAGGGCAUAUAGACUAAUGAUAAUCAAAGUGAAAAAUAAAUAAAACCUUUUACUCAUAAUCUGCCUACUCUAACAAGGAAUAAAAAUUCUUGAAGGAAAUAGAGUUGGUAUUUGUGAAAUAAUGGCAUCUCAACCAUCAGAGCAUUUACAAAAUGAUAGUGGUAAUCCAAAUUUAAAAGGAAAUGAAUAUCAGCAGCAACAACAACAGCAACAAGAAAUAUUAACAAAAUUACAGAAUGGUGGGCAAGCAAAUUCACCUUCAAUUCCCCCUGUAUCGACAGCCGAUAUGAAAGGCAUGAAGUCACCACCAAGUAAUGGCAAUAGUGGAAGUCAUGGUGCUCCAAAUGAGAUGAUUUCAGGAUAUCAUCCAUCACAUCAAGAAGGUAUAGGACUACCACCAUCACAACAUCAUCCUCACAUGCAUCAUCCAGGCAGUGAAAAGGAUGAAUUGCCACCACCUCAUCAUCAACAGCAGCAUCCAAUGUAUGGCCAUCAACCAAUGCAUCCUAUGCAUGCUCCACAGCAACAUAUUCCUGGCCAUCAUUUACCAAUGCACCCUCAUCAACAACGAUAUCAUCCUCAUGCUGGUCCACCGCAUGGGCCGAUGCAACACACUCCAAUGCAUCCACAUGAUCCAAAUCAACAGCAAAUGGAUCCAUAUGCACAUUAUAGAGGAAUGAUGGGUCCACGACCCCCUCAAAGAUAUGGAAUGCCACAGCAAGGACCAUUACCAAAUAACACUCAAAAUGUUCCAGCAGGUGCUCAUCCGCCAGCUCCUGGUGGAAAUCAACAGCAAGGUCCAACACCAACACUUAAUUCAUUACUACAAUCACAGCCCUCACCACAAUCACCUCAAAGUGCUCCACCACAUCGAUAUCCAAAUCCAAAUCCAUAUGAUCCAUAUGGUCCACCUGUAAGUGGCCCACCCGUAAGUGGAUCAUCAUCGCCAAUGCCAACACAAUCUCAACAGCAGCAGCAACAACAACAACAAGGCUGGGUUCCUCCACCAAGACCUUAUAGUCCCCAGCAAUAUCGUGGCCCUCCACCAACGGCAAAUACGUCAAGAGGACAGUCUCCUUAUCCAUCUGGGGUUCAAAGUCCAGGUCCUUAUCCUCCAAAUGCUGGACAGCAACAAACAAAUCAACCACCCGGUCCACCACAACAGUAUCAAUAUCCACAACGAUAUCCUACACCACCUGCAAAUCAACAGCAACCACCUAUGGGUCCUCAAAACCAUCGACCACCAUACUCACAAUGGCCGUCACCAGCAGCUAGUCCAGGUCCACACUUAGGAAGUUCACAAUCGUCCCCUCAUGUGCCUCCUCCUCAAAGUCCUGGACCUCAACAGACAUCACAACAACCAACACAACUUACUGGCGCUCCGUGCAGUCCGUCCUCACAGCAACCACAAUCACCCCAUCAGUAUUCAAAUCGACCGAGUCAACCCUCAACGCCGAUUGCAAACGACAAUGAAAUGAUUGGGGUAAAUCAAAAGAAAAAGAACAGCAGUGCAAAGAAGAAAACUAAGAAGCAACAAAAGCAAGAAGCAGCUGCUGCGGCUCAGAAUAGUUCCAAUGAAAAUACUUCCAAUCUAGCGGUGUCGAGUCAACCAACACAGCCUCUGCCAACAAAUAAUGCGUCGCAGCCUGGAGGACAAACGAUGCCGAUACAACAACAGCAACCAAUGAGGCCAAUUUCAUCUCCAAAUAGCUCAUCAUCUGGUUCUCGAUCAAUGUCUCCAGCAGUGGGACAACAAAAUCCACAAAUGCCUCCAAGACCGUCGAGUAGUCAUUCACAAGGAAUGCCAAUGCCCAAUCAACAGCCAGGGAAUCAACAAAAUAUGAACAUUCCCAAUUCAAUAAAUCCACAAAUGGAAGGAAUGCCUGGCUCUGUGCCGCCAAUGCAACAAAGUGGAUAUCCUGGACAAAGUCCUGGACAACCUCAACAUAUGCAACAGCAGCAACAACAACAACAGCAUGGACAAUAUAAACUUGGUCCAUAUCCCCCACAGUCAUCACAGUAUUCACAAGGAAAUUACUCUCCAAGAGCACAAUAUCCACCGUAUGGAAAUCAACAUCAUCCACAGCAACCAAAUAGUCCGAGUCAGUAUAGGCCUAUACAAAAUCAUGUGAAUCCUGCAAGUCAUCCGCAGUACCCCCCACAUGGACCAUAUCAUCAAGUGUGGCCACCGCCACCUCAAAAUAGUAAUAAUCCUGGUGCAAUGACUAAUCAUAUUCAAGGAAAAAAUAUUGGUCCUCCACCACCUCAAUCUCCUCAACAACAGCAGCAACAAGGUCAACAGCAACCAAUCCAACAAGGUCAACAACCACCAACAAUUCAACAACAACAACAGCAGCAGCAGCAACAACAACAGCCUGGCGGAUCACCUCGUCAAUUAAACUAUCUUAAACAACACUUACAACAUAAAGGAGGUUAUCAAGGCACAACACCGCCUCCGCAAGCUUAUAAUGGUCCAGGAAUUCAUCCUAUGGGACCACCUUCAGGACAUCAUAUGGGACCUCCUGUUGGAAUUUCGACAAUGGGACCUCCAGCCACAACUGGAACACCCCCAAGUCAUGUAAUGUCAGAAGGUAUGGGAAUGCCACCAAAUAUUCAUCACCCUGAAAGUAUUCCUGUACCACAAGACAAUGGAAUACCCCCUCAAUCAUCACAUCCAGCAACGUCACUAAUAACGACGGGACCUGAUGGCACCGCAAUAGAUGAAGCAAGUCAACAAAGUACUAUAUCAAAUACUUCAAUUGCGUCAGAUAGAGAAGAUUCAAUUCCGAAACCUCGGAAGGCUAAUGAAAUGAUGUAUGGACAUGGAAUGACACCGAAUCAAGCAAAUGUAUCGCCAGGCACAACUAUGGCACAUAAUGAAGACUUUGAAAUGGGAUCUCCACCAUGGCCAAGAACACCAGCUAGUCCGGUGUUUAAUAGUCAUGCACCACCACCAGUAUCAGGACCAGAUUCAUUUAGGACAACUAAAGUAACUAAAUCUGAUAGUUUGGCAAAACUAUACGAAAUGGAUGACAAUCCGGAAAGGAGAGGCUUUUUGGAUAGACUAUUAGGAUAUAUGGAUGAGAUUAGAAAACCAGUGACUGCAUGUCCAACAAUUUCAAAACAACCACUAGAUCUAUAUCGGCUGUAUUUAUAUGUUAAGGAACGUGGUGGUUUUAUGGAGGUUACCAAAAGUAAGACAUGGAAAGAUGUUGCCGGUCUAUUAGGAAUUGGUGCGAGUAGCAGUGCAGCAUACACGCUAAGGAAACAUUACAUUAAAAGUAUUCUACCCUUUGAAUGCCAGUUUGAUAGAGGUGGCAUCGAUCCGGGUCCCAUAAUUCAAUCAGUAGAAGUAGGAUCAAAGAAAAAGACACAAAAAGCAGCAUCAGUUCCAUCACCGGGUUCAAGUAACUCUCAAGAUUCAUUUCCAGCACCUCCAAUUUCAGGUGGCAGUAGUAUGGAUGGAUACGGUGGCUACCCUCAAGGUCCACCCACUCAAUAUCCACAAACUCCUACAGUACAACAAGAUUAUGGUCAAGGAAUCGUACCUAGACCUCCAUCUCGAACAAACUCUCAACCUCCACCUGGUAAUGCACCAUCCACUAACGAUAAUAUCAGUGUGAGUAACCCUUUCGAAGAUCCCGUAGCAUCACGUCCUCCAUAUCAACAACAACAACACACAGGUGCACAGUAUCCUCGACCUCAAGGACCAUAUCAAGGUCAAUAUCAACCUCCAUUUGCAGGCCCUGAACAACCGUAUGGACCACAUACAGGACAAUUUCCACCAACACAAAAUCAAUUUAGUAACAGUCGUCAGAUGUAUCCACCCUAUGGUCCUGAAGAAUCUAAUUUCAGAGGCACAGCUCCAACACAAAAUGAUUCUUAUCGAGGCUAUACUAAUUAUCCUCCACCACCUGGACAAGCACCACAAACGCAACAGGGUCCAAGACCACCGUAUGGUCCACAACAAGCUCAACAGCCACAACAGCCGACUCAACAGCCACAACCUUCUGUUUCAACUCCACAAAUAUCUGCACCAUCAUCAGUUCCCCCAUCUGUUAGCACUGGCUCACAGCCACCUCCACCCAGUAUAAGCAGUAAUGCACCGUCGAAUCAAAAUCAAUCACCAAACGUUCCGCCAACAAAUCCAAAUUAUUCGGCUGGACCACCAAAUAAUCAAGAAUUUUAUAGCCGACCUGAUCAGAAUGCUCCACCAAGACGGCAUCCUGAUUUCACAAAAGAUCCAAGUCAACAACCGUAUUCACCUUAUGGUAGUCAAAGACCACCACAAAUGUAUGGAGGAUGGCCACCAAAUAAUAGUGGUUCUCAGUACAGACAAUAUCCACCACAAGGUCCUCAGCAAUGGUCUAAUCAAGGUCCGAGACCUCAACCACCUAAUCAAUGGGAACAACCCCGUUAUCCAGUAAACCAGCAAUAUGGACCGAAUCAACCAUGGCAAGGAGCUCCAAUGAGGCCUCCUCAACGCGGAGGAAAACCGUUUCCAAUGGCACCACCACAGUCUGGUCCUCAACCAAUAAAUAAAAUGCCAAAUCAAUAUGGUCCUCCUCAUAUGCAGCAGCAUCAUUCUCAUCAAGGACAUCCAAUGCAAGGAGGACCACAAGGACCACCACAAAUGCAGCAAGGUCCACAAAUCAAACGCGAUAUUGUCUUUCCACCAGACACAGUUGAAGCAACGCAGCCUCUUCUUUAUCGGAGAAAACGAAUGACAAAGCAUGAUGUUAGUCCAGUUGAUCCAUGGAGGAUAUUUAUGUCACUAAGAUCUGGUCUCUUAGCUGAAAGCACAUGGGCUUUAGAUGUACUAAAUGUUUUACUAUUUGACGAUACGGCAGUCCUUUAUUUCGGAUUGACUCAUUUGCCAGGAUUGCUAAAUCUCUUAUUAGAGCAUUUUCAAAAGAGUUUAUCGGAAAUGUUUGAAACAAAAGUAUCAAUAGCAUCGAAAAUAAAUGUUCCAGCUAUAAAGGAUUUAAGUGAAAGUAAUAAUAAUGAAAAUAAUGAUGAUGAGUGUAACAAAAAUGGUGGUGAUAAUAAAUUAAGUAGCAAUUUAAUUAGUAAUAGUGAUACUGGUGAUACUAGGUGUAUUAAGAAACUAAUUCAAAUGCCAGCGAAUCGUGAAGAACAAGACUCUUCAGUUGAUUUGGGUUCAGUUACCGACAUACCAAAUCCAAAUGAACAUAUUGUGGUAUUAAAAUCCUAUAAUUAUACGUUACAAUCAAGAAAAGGUGUUUCGGUUAAACUACAAGAUUCUUGCAAUGAUAUUUUCAUUAUGGACAGUCAACGAACGUGGGACAAACUAUCAAAUCGUGACGGUCUUCUUAAAUCUAACGUCGGUGAUGAUCCAUUCACUUCUGAGAAAGAUCCAAUUGAAGUGGACUACAUUAUGGAUUGCUUUAAAGCCGAAUUUGCACACAUUCCGUUUGCACGCCUCAUUAAAAGUUCAAAAAGUGCUGAAACAAUAGAGAAAUUGAGAAAAGUCACCGAAACGAAACCGAAACGCAUGAGACUGUCAUCGCAGGAGGAGCGAGAGGUUGAAGAAUUGACGAGAAAACUGUAUAAAGCACCAUCGAAGCAACCCACUGCCAAUAAUGCUGUAUUUAAGAAAGAGACAAAUUCAGAUGCUGAUUGUCGUCAAGUUGAUAUGGAAUUAGAGAAAGUUCCGAAUGGACCAGUCAACACUGAAAAUAGUGUAGAGAAUAGCAAAGAGAAUGUGAAAACUGAAAAUUCAGAACAAGAAAAAGAUACCAAGACUGACUUUGAUAUAACGAGUACUGUUCGUGAUCAGGCUAAAUGUCUGAAACGGAGACGAAUGAGUGAUUAUGAAGAUGAAUGUUAUACGCGUGAUGAGGCAAGCUUAUAUUUAAUAACUGAUAGUCAAGAUUCUCUUGCACGUCGAUGCAUUUCACUUUCAACGAUUUUACGAAAUCUUACUUUUGUUCCUGGCAACGAAAUGGAAUUUUCAAGAUCAACAACAUUCUUGUCGAUUUUGGGUAAACUCUUACUAAUCAAUCAUGAACAUCCAAUAAGAACAAAGAAGCAGAGAAAUUAUGACCGAGAAGAGGAUGCAGACUUCUCAGAUUCAUGCAGUAGCCUUCAAGGCGAACAAGAAUGGUGGUGGGAUUUCCUUGUGCAAAUUCGUGAAAAUAUGCUCGUCUCGCUCACAAACAUUUCAGGACAUUUAGAUUUAUCAUCAUACGAUGAGCCGAUAUCAAGACCAAUUUUAGAUGGAUUAUUACAUUGGGCUGUCUGUCCUUCAGCACAUGGACAAGAUCCAUUCCCAACUCUUGCCACUAAUUCAACACUUAGCCCACAAAGAUUAGCUUUAGAGUCGUUAUGUAAACUUUGUGUAACCGACUCAAAUGUUGAUUUAGUCAUUGCAACACCUCCAUUCAUAAGACUAGAAAAACUAUGUGCAGUACUUACAAAGCACCUAUGUAAAAAUGAAGAUCAAGUGCUUCGUGAGUUCUCUGUUAAUCUAUUACACUAUUUGGCUGGUGCUGAUAGCAUUAUGUCACGAAUAAUUGCGAAACAAAGUCCAUGUGUUUCAUAUUUAGUUGCAUUUAUUGAACAAGCCGAACAAACUGCCCUUGGAGUAGCAAAUCAACAUGGAAUUAAUUUCCUUCGAGAAAAUCCCGAUUCAAUGGGAACAAGUUUAGACAUGUUAAGGAGAGCAGCAGGUACCUUGCUUCACCUUGCCAAACAUCCUGAUAAUAGACCAUUAUUUAUGCAACAAGAACAAAGAUUAUUAGGCCUUGUGAUGAGUCAUAUUCUGGAUCAACAAGUAGCGCUCAUAAUUUCACGUGUGCUUUAUCAAACGUCACGUGGUAGUGGUCCAUUGACGACAACGCAUCAUGGUGAACAUUCAAGUGAAGAAGUAAUUCAAAAAGUACUCCCUGAAUGUCAAAAACUUCCUCAAAAUACAUCACAAAACAUCGACUUUGAGCAGAGUCAAAAGAUUCCAGUUGCAACUCCAAAUUCAAUUCAUCCAAAUGUACAAUCACAAAAUUUCCAACCUUUCAUGAAAUCUCCACAAACCUUUCCAUCAAAUCCACCAAAAUUACUGAACAGUAACGAUGAUGGAAUGAAGUCAAAACUUAAUACAAUUAAUAAGCAAAUAACAGCAAAUGCAUCGAAUAUUGCAACGUCAGCUCAGUCAUCAGCACCAACUAUUCCGCAAACGGUUACAGCUUCAUCUUAGUGCUUACCAAUGCCUGCAAGCCUUAAACAUCCGCAACAAAAUUUGGCAAAGACUGGACGAAGACGAAGAAAAAAGUAAUGAAAGUAAAUGAUGGAUUAAAGUUAAAGGAUUUGAAUAGGCUUUAUCUUCACUAAUUGAUAAUUGAUGUCCAAUUUAUGAUACAUACUAAGUGAAAAUAUAUAUCCUUAUAAGUACACAGACACACACCUUUUCAUAUUUAAGAGACAAAAAAAAAGGUAAUUAAAAAAAACAUAAUUAACGCUUUUGUAGAAAAGAUCUGAGCAUAAAAAAAUAAUGUUGAAGAAGUAAUGAAAAAAAAAUUAAUAUAAGAUUUACGAUAGUUAAGUAGACUUUAAAUUUUGUAUAUUUAUAUUUAAAAGAAACAUGAAAAAAAUUCUGAACGUGAGUGAAUGAAAAGUUUGAGGAUAGAAGAAAAGAACAAUUAUAUAUAAUAUAUUGAAGAUCUAUGACUUAAUGAGCGCUCUGAGGGCGUAAGAAAUUAAAGGACUCAUUAAAAGUCUCUAUACUGAUGCAGUUAUACUUAAAACAAUCUGCUCGAGGUGAAACGAUAAUUAAAAAUUUUUAUAUGAAUGAAAUGGGACAUCUUCAUGCGACCUAAAUUAAAUGUAUAAAAUUAAAUUUAAAUGAAAAAAAAAAUUAAAAGAAUCUCUAAUCAUACAAUGAAUAUUUUCGAGAAAUUGAAAGCUAUAAAGAUAUAUGAAUUGAAUAGAGAAUAGAAAAUAAUUGUAAUGGUGGGCAAUUAUUGAUUCAAAAUUCAUUCAUAAACAAAUUCGGUGAUGUGUGUGAUGUUUUUUUUAAUAGGACAAGGAGUAAGAAUAAAUUAGAAAUUUAAAUGAAAACUGUGUAUAAAUAUAUAAAUUAAAAAAAAAAAACAGAACAUAGUAUAGAUCAAGAUGGAAAAAGGGAUUCUCUAAAUAAAAAAUUUUCAAUUUUCUCCGAUUGGUCCGAUAACACAUUGAGGAAGAAAAGUUUUUAUUUCAUAUAUUUAUGAUUGAUGAUGACGUUUACUUAAACAAAAAAAAAUUGCUCGCAAGUGACUGAUUCGGUAAUAAUGAAACAUAAUAUAAAUAAAAUUAUAUAUAUACAUACAUUGAUAGUAAAUUGACUUGACUAACAACUUGUAACUUUACGUAUUUUGAUAACGAAGAAAGAAAUGAACAAAAAAAUUAAGUUAUCACAUUUUCAUGACUCGAAAGCAAUCGAAGAAUAAUUUGGGGACAUAUAAACAUCUAUUUAUUGAUUGAUCUACGAUGAUUGGAAAUUGAUAUAAAAAAAUAAAGACUUUGUGGAAAAUUUUUGUGGAAAUUUUCUUAUUGCUAAUGGCGCGAUGAAUAUUAAUGAUUAAGAUGAAAAAAAAAACUGCUAGAAAAUACUGAAAUGAAAAAUAUGUAUACCUUAAAAUGUUUGUUGUUAUUAUCAGAAUUAGCGUAGAUUAACUAUUAAACGCAUCCGUAAAAUAUGCAUAUUUUUAAUAAAAAGUGAAUAAAAAAUAGUGGAAAAAGAUUAUUUUCAAGAGAGAAUAAAAAAAAGGUUUCCGACAUGUCCUGAUUUGUAAAUAGUUAUUAUAAAUAUAUAUCUCCAUUACUGGACAGAAUGCUGCUAAUUUAACAACAUUUUUAAUUAAUAAAUUUAUCUACAAAUGUAAUAAUAUAUAAAUGAAAUGGAAAUGACUCUAACUUAACAUUCGAUAUAAAUGAUGAAAAUUUUUUGUUAAUUAAUUUAUGUAAAAGUUUUUUUUUUGUUUUUUAAGAAUGAUUUUUUUUUUACUUUAUCGAAGAAACUGAUAUCGCUUUCCUUAGAAUUCAAUUUUGAAUUACAUGAAACUUUCUUUUUUCUAGCGCAGGAAAUAAACUAUGACGUCAUUUUAGUAUAAAAUAAUUAAAUGAAGAAAAGAAAGAGAAUUUUUUUAGUUAAAUUAGGUUCUUAUGCAGACAGACGUUUAAAUGAAUGAAUGAUACCACAUACAUGCAUUCAUUUAUAAAAGAUCCUACUAUCUACCAUCAUUAAUUGUUUUACAAUCAAACUUUUAAAUACAGAGAGAUGAAAAGGAUGGAAUAUGUUACAGUAAUAGAAAUCGAACACAUGAUGAAUUAAUUUAAAAAAAUGGAUUGAAUUGAGAAGAUUAAAAAUGUAAAAUAACUUUUAAAGUGUCGAUAAAAAUCUAAAUUAAUUGAAAAUGUAAUUAAUUGAAACAAAUUCAUUGAAAAAUAUACUAAAAAUAUGAAAAAAAAA